CUCCCUGCUCCGGGGCGGUGGGGCAGGUCCGCAGGACGCCUGGGUUCUCUCCGGGCCUGGCCUUCCCUUCCCCCGGCGGCGGCUGGGCGGCGCUGCGGGGGGAGCUGGGCGCUGGGCCCGGCCUCGCCUCCCCGGCUGGCUCCGUCUUCGGUCGCCGCUUCCCAACCCCGGCCCCGGCCCCAGCCUGGCCGCGUGGGGCCCCUCCGCGUGCAGGCCGGAUGCUCCCCGUCCCCACCAUGAGCGAGCUGGGGUCACCCCACCCCAGCAGAGACUGGGCCCCCUGACACCUUCCCGAGUCCUCUGCGCGCUGGGCCCUGUCAUGUCCCAGGCCGGAGAGGGGCCGGACCGAGGGGCCCGGCCCAAGGAGAGGUCGGGCGAGGCCGGGGGGUGGCGCAGCGGACGCAGGAGAACAAAGCUACCGGAGCCCCCGGCGGGGCAGGAUGCAGAGGGGGCCGAGCCGGGCCGGCGGGCGGGGCGCUCGCUGCGGCAGAGGAUCCAGGACGCGGUGGGCCAGUGUUUCCCCAUCAAGGGGAGCGGUGGGGCCCGCUCCCCCGAAUUCUCCCCUUCCCAGCGCAAGAUCCACCUGCGGGAGCUGAUGCUGGAGACCUGCCCCUUCCCGGCUGGCUCGGAGCUGGCCCGCAAGUGGAACCUCAUCAAGCAGCACACGGCCCCCGUGUCGGCCCAGGAGGGCCUGGCCUGCGGCGGGGCGGGGGCGGCGGAGGACGAGGACGACCGGCUGCGGGAGCGGAGGCGCAUCAGCAUCGAGCAGGGGGUGGAGCCGCCCCCGGACGCCAUGAUCCACACGUUCGAGGCCACGGCGCAGAUCAACCCGCUCUACAAACUGGGGCCCAAGCUGGCCCCCGGCAUGAACGAACUGGCCGGGGACAACCGGGCCACCCUGGCCCCCCAGGAGGAAGAGGAGGAGGAGUUGGUGGCGGUGGCGGCGGCCCCGGAGCCGGAGCUCCGCGUCCACACCCAGAUCGACUACAUCCACUGCCUGGUGCCGGAUCUGCUGCAGCUGACCCGGCUGCCCUGCUACUGGGGGGUGAUGGAUCGCUACCAGGCCGAGGCCCUGCUGGAGGGGAAGCCGGAAGGGACCUUCCUGCUGCGGGAUUCGGCCCAGGAGGAUUAUCUCUUCUCGGUCAGUUUCCGGCGCUACGGCCGCUCGCUCCACGCCCGGGUCGAGCAGUGGAACCACAACUUCAGCUUCGACGUGCACGACCCCGGCGUCUUCCAUGCCCCCACCGUCUCGGGCCUGCUGGAGCGGUACAAGGACCCUAGCGCCUGCAUGUUCUUUGAGCCUCUGCUCUCCCGCCCCGUGCGCCGGCCCUUCCCCUUCGCCCUGCAGCACCUGUGCCGGGCCGUGGUGGCCGGCUGCACCUCCUACGACGGCAUCGGCCGCCUGCCCAUCCCCGGCGCGCUCCAGGAGUACCUCAAGGAAUACCACUACAAGCAGAAGGUGCGGGUGCGGCGGCUGGACACCCGCUGGAACUGAGGCCAGCCCGUGGCUUUGGUCCUCUGGGCCACGGCCCAAAGACGAGGGGCCGGCUCCGGGAUCAGGGCCGAUACGAGGCCGUAUUGCCCGUGAACUUUCUGCCUUUUACAGCAGGUUCUGGGCCCCCUGUGCUCUGGGACUGUCGGGCGGAACCAUGUGUCCCAGUUACUGCCCUCCCCAGGGGCCGAGGAGGGGGGAGGUUCGUUAAAGAAGCCCCUGCCCCGCUCCUGGUGGGGGGAAGACGCAGCCGGAGCCUCAAUCAGCUGUUUUAUUUAAAGGGGCUGGGUUGCUGGAAUAAAGUCCUGUUGCUGUGACUCAUGUCUCUGGGCUGCAGCAGGGAUGUGGAUCACCCAGCUCUGGCCCUCAGCCCCCGCCGCUAGCUAGGAAAGGGGGUGGGCUGGCGCCAGAUGAGUUGGGGGCUCUCGGCCACGCGGGAACAUUGUGGCUGCCCGACGCCCGGGGCUACAGCGCUGGGCUGUCCCUGCUCCGGCUAGCGGGCAGGGAGAGGCUGCCUUCGGCGGACCUGGAUCCAGCUGGGAUGAAACCCCUGAACUGAGAAAAAUAGGGACAAUGCUCAACCGUGACCCACUCCCCUUCACCUCCUAUUCCAGCCCUGGGCUCCAUCCCCCCAUCAUGGGGAGCAACCCUCCCCCCUCUGUUCCUUUGGAGGCCACGUGCUGGGAUCCCAGCACUCCCAGAGGGUGGGGGUGACAGACCCAUUCCUUGGUCUGUGCCCCCUCUGUCCCCUGCCCCCGAUCCCCCUACCCUGGCCGCACAAUACAAGAACAUCCUAUGUACCAUUCCCUGGGGCAGGGCUCUGCUCCGGCUGCAUGAACGGGGA